GUGGUAGAUACCUCCAAGAACAUAGCAGAGGUGCCGGAAUGGUUUCACGGAGCCAGACUGAACUAUGCAGAGAAUCUACUGCAGUACAAUGAUGACAGAGUGGCUAUCUAUGCUGCAGGAGAACAACUGGGUGUAUCUGAGGUGAUAAAGAGGACGUACAAGGACCUGAGGAAAUCUGUAGGGCUGUAUGCAUCAGCCAUGAAGAAGAUGGGCGUGAAGUCUGGUGAUCGAGUUGUAGGUUACAUUCCCAACUGUAUCGAGGCUGUGGAGGUGAUGUUAGCAGCAGCAAGUAUUGGAGCAAUAUGGAGCUCAACAUCACCUGACUUUGGUGUAGUGGGUGUGUUGGAGAGGUUUUGUCAAAUACGUCCCAAGUUGAUAUUCAGUGUGAAUGCUGUCAACUACAAUGGCAGAAUGCACAACCAUUUGGAAAAGUUACAGCAGGUUGUCCGAGGUUUACCAGAUCUGGAGAGAGUUGUCAUCAUUCCUUUUGUGGCAGAAGCACAAUGUGACCUAUCACACAUUCCUAAUGGGUGCCUGUUGGAAGAUUUCUUGAACGAUGGGAAGGAGGAUGGUGCUAUUCCCCAGCUGGAGUUCGAGCAGGUGCCCUUCAACCACCCCCUGUUUAUCAUGUACUCUUCUGGGACCACCGGAGCACCCAAGUGUAUGGUCCACUCAGCUGGGGGUAAGCAACAUGGCACCUUGUUAAAACAUUUAGAAGAGCACUGUAUUCAGAGUGACAUGACACGAGAUGACAUCAUGCUCUACUACACAACAGCUGGUUGGAUGAUGUGGAACUGGUUGGUCUCUGUCCUGGCCGUCGGGGCAGCCAUUGUUCUGUAUGACGGCUCACCACUGGUGCCCCACCCCAACGUCCUGUGGGACCUGGUGGAUCAGAUAGGCAUCACUGUCCUGGGAACUGGAGCUAAGUGGUUGUCUGUGCUGGAGGAGAAGGAUGUCAAACCAGGUCAGACCCACAAGCUGACGACAUUGAAGAUGAUCCUGUCGACAGGCUCCCCGCUCAAGCCCCAGUCCUAUGAUUAUGUAUACAGGGACAUCAAAAGUGACCUGCUCCUGGGCUCCAUCACAGGUGGUACCGACAUCAUAGCCUGCUUCAUGGGACAGAACUGGACGGUGCCGGUUUACCGUGGGGAGAUCCAGUCCCUGAUGCUGGGGUGUAACAUGGUCAGCUGGACAGAAGACGGUAAACAGGUGUUUGACGACAGUGGAGAGCUGGUGUGUCUCACUCCAUUCCCUUCCAUGCCAGUAUAUUUCUGGCAUGACACAGACAACCUCAAAUACAAGAAAGCGUACUUUGACAAGUUUCCAGGUGUGUGGGCUCAUGGGGACUUCUGUUCUAUCAACUCUCACACUGGAGGUGUGGUGAUGCUAGGGAGGAGUGAUGGCACCCUGAAUCCAAACGGUGUAAGAUUCGGCAGUGCAGAAAUAUACAACAUAGUGGAAGCCUUCAAGGAGAUUCAGGACAGUGUGUGUGUUGCCCAGCGUAGCAGAGACAGGAUGGAAGAGAGAGUUGUCCUCUUUCUCAAGAUGGCGCCAGGGAGCGAGUUCAGCAAGGAGGUUGUUGGCAGCAUCAAGACCUCCAUCAGGAUGUAUCUGUCUGCCAGACAUGUGCCUUCCAUUAUUCUGCCCAUUGACGAUAUUCCUUACACCAUCUCUGGCAAGAAGGUUGAGAUAGCCGUAAAACGUGCCAUCUCUGGUCUGGACGUCCCCCAACGUGGUGCCCUCGCCAACCCAAACUCCAUCGACCUCUACUACAGCAUUCCAGAGCUGCUGAACUUCUAGAAGUUUCAUUAAUAUGAAUUCAACAGUUGUCGAUUGUCUGAAAUAAUCUUUAGGGUCUUAUUUGUUUAACAUCUUUUAACCAAAGAUUUUGUCUCUACAUUUCUGUGGAUGCGAAAA